AUGCCCUGGCCGGGGCUUAGGGACCCAGAGGAGCCGGAAGAAUGCAUGGCCAGCAGCGGGGCCAGUGGAAGGAGCGGUGGCGGGGCUUGGCCUGCUCCGGCUGCGGCACGGCCCACACUCUGUCUCCCGCAGCACUCCGAGCCCAGUGCCAGGUUGCUGCUGCAGUCACCUGGGGUGUCACCGCCCGCCACAGCCCUGCCUAGAGUCUCUGGGCAUGCAAAAGUGGGCUCUGUGCUCCGGCUGCGACUAGGGGUCCCGGAAGCACCCCACGCUGCAGCUCCCCCAUGUGCCAGCACACUCUGCCCUGCGCCUCCGCCCCUUCCCUUCUCUGAACCACCACCACCACCCCUUUGGCGGCAGCCAUCCAACCUUACUCCAGAGCUACAACUGACACCGGCACCCCUUCCCCCAGGGAUGAACACUGAAGUGCCACCAUCUAGCCUGAAAUCACCCCUUCCCCCAGGGAUGGACACUAAACAAUGGAGAUCUACAAUACUGGUAACAUGGGGAGGUCUGAAAGCCCUCUCCUCCAAAGCUGAGCAUAGCCUCUCAACUACAUGUGCCCCACUUACACCUGAAAACCUGUUUCUAGCUAUGGUUUCCCUCAUGAUAAUCAAUCCUCAAUAG